GGCAGCGUCCGUUAUUACUUAUUCAGCACUGUUGCUGUGAUUCUCACUUAAAAAACUGUGCUCUGCUUAUAUCAAAGUGUAUCAGACGGGAAGAAAGAACGAAAGAUAAAACUGGAUUUGACCAGAGAUACUCGCGUUGUGUGGUGUUAAACUAACAGUCUGCCUGUGAUACUGUUAUUAGGAAGGGCUCAGCAGUGCCUGGGAGCCCAGGGAGCCACUGCCUGAGUCCCUUGUGGUAGUCACCAAGAAACAACUGGACAUGAAUGCCGCAAAAGGAGGCCUGGUCAUUUUUACGGCCAACUCCAACCCCUCUAGCAGGGAGCUUGGUAAAAGGAUUGCAGAACGCUUGGGUGUGGAGCUUGGCAAGGUGCAGGUCUAUCAGGAGGCUAACAGAGAAACGAGAGUUCAGAUCCAGGAGUCUGUGCGUGGUAAAGAUGUCUUUAUCAUCCAAACUGUAUCCAAGGAUGUUAAUACAACCAUCAUGGAGCUGCUCAUCAUGGUGUAUGCCUGUAGGACCUCCUGUGCCCGAAAUAUCAUCGGAGUCAUUCCUUAUUUUCCUUACAGUAAACAGUGCAAAAUGAGGAAGAGAGGCUCCAUUGUCUCCAAGCUGCUGGCCUCAAUGAUGUGUAAAGCAGGUCUUACUCAUCUCAUCACUAUGGAUUUGCACCAAAAGGAAAUCCAAGGUUUCUUUAACAUUCCAGUAGACAACCUGCGAGCAUCUCCAUUUCUGCUGCAGUAUAUUCAGGAAGAGAUCCCUGACUACAGAAACGCUGUAAUUGUGGCCAAGUCUCCAGCAUCAGCUAAAAGGGCCCAGUCAUUUGCUGAAAGGCUUCGGUUGGGCAUCGCUGUGAUCCAUGGUGAAGCGCAGGAUGCUGAAUCAGAUCUUGUGGAUGGACGACACUCUCCACCUACAGUGAAAAACAUGGGAGCCAUCCAUCCAAGUCUGGAGAUACCAUUGCUGAUUCCAAAAGAAAAGCCUCCAAUAACUGUGGUGGGAGAUGUAGGUGGCCGAAUUGCCAUUAUUGUGGAUGAUAUAAUUGAUGAUGUCGAUAGUUUCCUGGCAGCAGCUGAAACACUGAAGGAGCGAGGUGCCUACAAAAUCUUCGUCAUGGCUACUCAUGGAAUUCUCUCUUCUGAUGCACCUCGUCUCAUAGAGGAGUCCGCUAUUGAUGAGGUGGUUGUCACGAACACCAUUCCACACGAGAUCCAGAAACUGCAGUGUCCAAAGAUCAAGACGGUCGACAUCAGCAUGAUCCUGUCUGAGGCAAUUCGGCGCAUACACAAUGGAGAAUCAAUGUCUUACCUGUUCCGCAACAUAGGCAUGGAUGAUUGACAGUCUUGCUGGCUGCUUCCUCGUCACUGCCAGUUGCAUAAUGUGCACAUAGAUCCAUUUCCCCCCCACUCAUUUGUAUGUACAUGUGGCCAAGAGUCAAAAAUGCAUUUUUUUUUUCUUGCUGAUGUUUAUGUUGUGUAGCUUGCUACAUUAAAUUCUGUGUUUAUGUGUUCAAAGGCCACCAUUAUUUGUAAGAUGUUUAUUUUUGUGAUGUGAGUUUACUCAUUAAUUGCUGCGGUGGAAUUCUCAGAAAUGCUUGAAAAAGAGCAGAUUAAUGGAAACAACCUCUAUUGAUGGAUUGAGUUUUGGUCACUGAUUUGUAAUGAUUUAAGGAACACUGGGUGUUUCACUGGAUUUGAAUGCUAGGUUGAUACCCCUUGGAACAGUUGAUCGGGGGCAAAGUACUUUGUUGUGUCAGAGUGUUAAGUGAUUGGGACUUUCUGUUCUAGUUCUUGGGGAGUCAGAACUCCUACAUGUGGCCAACGACAUUAGAUAAUAAUACAGUAGUCAUCUGUUAGCAUGAUGCCAGAAUACUGAAUACCAGUGUCAUCGCUUCGAGACUUGUGUAAUCACUGUGUCACUGGACGAUUGUCGUGUAAUUGAUUUGGUUAGUGCUGGGCAGCACUUAUGAUAGAUUUAAUGAAUAUUUAUUUUUUACAAGAAGAUUAAAUGCAAAUUUCCACUGUAGACAUUUAAUGUGCAGUAUUCGAUCGCAGCUUAAACUAGAAAUAGAGAGACCGAGCAAUGUACAGAGCUGAAUGUUACUCAUUCUAAGAUGCUCCACUGAUGCUUCAGCAAAUAUAAAAGCUUUUGCCAAUAAGGGGACCAUAGGAGCAUUCUUGCUUCAUAACUCAAGUAGUGGUCAUUAUUAUGCUGUGUGUUGCCUAAGAGAACUUGAUGUUUCUCGCAUUUUCUGGUCAGGGUUUUUGUUAUGGUACUAAUCUAUCAGGCUUUUAUAUUUAUUCACUGCACUUGAUGAUGAAUAAAUAAAAUAAUAUAAAGAAUAA